AUGGAUUUGGUCAAGAAGAGAACAAGAAACUAUGUUGAUACAGAAUGUGCAAAGACGAUAAUGAUAACACAGGAUGACGAUCGUUAUGAACAUUGCAAACAUGGUGAACGUGAUGAUGAUUGA